AUGAUGGAAAAAGUCGUUUGCGCCGGUCCAUCGACUGUGCCGCCUAGCUGUGUGUGCAAGAGAGUGGAAAAGAGACGCCUCCACAUCCGUGCGAGCAAACGAACAUCGCCACCAUGGAUCAAGGAUAGACUUCUUAUUCAUUCCCGCCUUUCAAACCAGUCCAGCCGUAACCACCAUUGCGCAGCACCAACUCGAACAUCUCUCCCUUGUCCGAGGACAGAACAAGAAGGCAGCAAAAGAAUGCGUCUCCGGAAUAAUCUGGAAGCAGCGUGGCCAGUCUUGCUUGCGCAGUCUCAAUCAAAAACAGACGGCGACGGGUUGUUACCUAAUUUUUCUUUCAUGUUCAUUCCCUGGGGCGAUAUAUGUAUAUACGAAUGGGCUUAUCGAAGAGCUGCUGGUUCCCCUUCCCCUGGCACGCUGCCGCAAGCUGGCCGCAAGCUCGUCCCGAACAAACACUUAACAACCCUGAAGAGGUUGUUUCCUUCCUGCGGGGACCUGUGUAAAAUGUACGCAGCGUUUAAAAAAGAGUUCUCCACUCAAAUCCCGUACAGCGAGAGAGAGAGCCAACGGGCAACGAGUGAGAAGCCAAGCGAUCACUGCCCUGGGAUUGAAGGAACGAGAGAGAGAGAGAUGGGAUAUGCAUGGGAUGUGUUGAACAUGGUCCACGGACUCUAUCGUCCAAGGAGGUUGACGACGGAACUGAAAGCCCGUCGAUGA